AUGAGUCUCUUGUUUUUCCUUCUUUGGGUAACCUUCAAUCUGGGGGUUUGCGAGGCGUAUUUGAACGGCGGAAACGGUGACCCAUGCGUUGGAACAAUCCACCUUCAUACCAAUACGUCGAGUAGCCUAACGCUGAUCCGGGAUAAACGAUGGGCAUUCUACACGGACAACACUAACAGCCAGUAUCACGUCGCCCCCUCAAGAAGUUUUUCACUUAUUGCCCGCGAUCUAUGUCGAAUCGUUUUUGCUACGCCAAUGUGGAGAUCAACAUGCUUUGGUAGUAAGGACGAAGAAGCAAACAAGAAGUGCAUACGAAUGGCCGAAGUGCUUCACGAAAGAGCUUUCAUAGAGCCAUCGAAAACGGCCGAGCUUUGGAAUCGUGCGUUUGCCUACUUCAACCACUCAACAACAGCCGACGCCCUCAUAAACCAAUCGCAAUAA